UGACCCGAGAAAUAUAAAUGUCAAAAGCUACGCCAUACAAAUUGAGCGUAUUGGGUGAUGGUGGUGUCGGUAAAACUGCUUUGACUGUCCAGUUUUGCAUGAACUCAUUCGUCGAAACUUACGAUCCAACUAUCGAGGAUAGCUACAGGAAGCAAGUCGUAUUAGAUGACGCGCCUGCAUUACUAGAGGUAUUAGAUACAGCUGGACAAGAGGAGUACACUGCUUUACGCGAUCAAUGGAUUAGAGAAGGCGAAGGAUUUUUAUUAGUCUACAGUAUAGCAUCUAGAAGCACAUUUGACAGAAUUGAAAAGUUCCGAAAUCUAAUCACACGAGUGAAGGAAAGGGAGGAUAUACCACUAAUGUUGGUAGGAAACAAAUGCGAUAAGGUAUACGAACGUGAAGUUAGCCUCGCAGAAGGUCAGAUAAUGGCAAAAAAGUUACAAUGUUUAAUGAUCGAAACUAGCGCAAAAACCUGCGUUAAUGUAGAAAGAGCCUUCUUCGAUGUCGUUAGAGAGAUUAGGCGGCAAAGGGAGAGAAUGAACGGCUCAAAUUAUGACCCAAAUAAUCACCAACAGAGGAGAAAUCAACGUAAACGAAGAUGUACGAUCCUCUAAACUAGUCUCAUAUACCUCGACAAGCCAUCCAGCCAUUCUGAUAUCAAUUAAACUUCUUUGUCUACGAUCUACGAUCUUUCAUACAUGUCUUCUCUUGCCAAGAGGUCUGAGCGUGGGUUGAUGUUCCAAGUGACUGAUUAGUAGUGUCCAUAUAAUAGUUUCUACGAUUAGUAAUCACUAUAAACAUCUAUCCAAUUUGAGCUUCAUACUAAGC